AUGGAGACGGGUGCGAGGAUGGGGAUCUGCUCCUGGCGCGGUUGCGGGGCAGGUGGUGACGGGCACCGUCACAGUGCGUUGGGUGCCGCCGUGUUGCUGGUGGUGACAGACGGGCAAGAGCGAGGGCUCGGCAAGACGCUGGAGCACCAAGCGGCCCUGGUGGCAGGUGCUCGGUGCAGCCCCGGUGUGCCGCUGAGGUGUGCUGGGGCCGGCGGGGACUGGCCUAACAGAGGGACGAAAAGACCCCGUGAUGAAGAGGAAGAAGAAAUCAAAGCACGUCGGAAGCAAGCUAGUGCACGAGAGCACGGUCGUCACAGGGAAGAGGAGUCUGCUGCGCUGGAAGAAACUGAUGAUGAGAAGAAGAAACUUCUUCAGAUAAUUGAGAGGGAUGGAGAAGAGGAAGAAGAGGAAGAGGAACCUUUGGAUGAAAGUUCAGUGAAGAAGAUGAUUCUCACUUUUGAGAAGAGAUCUUACAAAAACCAGGAGCUGCGGAUCAAGUUUCCUGACAAUCCAGAGAAGUUCAUGGAGUCCGAACUGGAUUUAAAUGACAUCAUUCAGGAAAUGCACGUGAUCGCAACGAUGCCAGACCUGUAUCACCUGCUGGUGGAGCUGAACGCUGUGCAGUCUCUCCUCGGCCUGCUGGGACAUGACAACACAGAUGUUUCCAUAGCUGUGGUAGACUUGCUUCAAGAACUGACUGAUAUAGAUACUCUCCAUGAGAGUGAGGAAGGAGCUGAAGUCCUCAUAGACGCUCUGGUGGAGGGCCAGGUCGUGGCCUUGUUGGUCCAGAAUUUAGAGCGCCUGGAUGAAAGUGUGAAAGAGGAAGCCGAUGGUGUCCACAACACGCUGGCAAUCGUUGAGAACAUGGCAGAGUUCCGACCAGAGAUGUGCACAGAAGCUGCGCAGCAGGGCCUCAUGCAGUGGUUGCUCAAGAGGCUGAAGGCUAAGAUGCCUUUUGAUGCCAACAAGCUGUACUGCAGUGAGGUGCUGGCCAUUUUGCUCCAGAAUAACGAUGACAACAGAGAAUUGCUUGGGGAGCUGGAUGGGAUCGAUGUGCUGCUUCAGCAGUUAUCUGUGUUUAAACGACACAACCCUAGUACAGCAGAAGAGCAGGAAAUGAUGGAGAACCUGUUUGACUCCCUUUGCUCCUGCCUAAUGCUCAGUUCCAAUCGCGAUCGCUUCCUGAAGGGCGAGGGUCUGCAGCUGAUGAACCUGAUGCUGAGAGAGAAGAAGAUUUCCCGCAGCAGUGCCCUGAAGGUACUGGACCACGCCAUGAUUGGACCGGAGGGCACAGACAACUGUCACAAGUUUGUUGACAUUCUUGGUCUGAGGACCAUCUUUCCACUCUUCAUGAAAUCACCCAAGAAGAUAAAGAAAGUUGGAACAACUGAAAAAGAACACGAAGAACAUGUCUGUUCCAUCCUGGCCUCCCUUCUGCGAAACCUGAGAGGGCAGCAGAGGACACGGUUACUGAAUAAAUUCACAGAGAAUGACAGUGAGAAGGUUGAUAGGCUGAUGGAACUGUAUUUUAAGUACCUGGAUGCAAUGCAGGCAGCUGAUAAGAAGAUUGACGGAGAGAAACAUGACAUGGUGCGUCGGGGAGAGAUAAUAGACGAUGACAUGGAAGACGAAUUCUAUCUCCGUCGCCUGGAUGCUGGUCUCUUUGUUCUACAGCUCAUUUGUUACAUCAUGGCAGAGAUCUGUAAUGCCAAUGUUCCCCAGAUUCGUCAGAGAGUCCAUCAGAUUCUGAACAUGAGAGGCAGCUCCAUUAAAAUUGUUCGACACAUCCUAAAGGAGUACGCAGAGAACAUCGGGGAUGGGAAGAACCAGGAGUUUCGGGAGAGCGAGCAGAAGCGGAUCCUGGAUCUGCUGGAGAAUUUCUGAGGACUCGGGGGGCCGAAUUCCACGUCUGCCCACGGCGACACGGCGUCUGGUUCUCCCUCCUGCUGCUGCCCUCCUCCAGCCUUGAUUGCACGAUAAAAGUGAUGUUUCUAUGAAACUGCUUCUAAAUGGGAUUUUGGAGAUAUUAAAGAUAGUUUGGUUUUUUUUUUU